GUGACAUAAAACAAUAAGGUACGCGUAAACGAUUUUUUGCGACUAUCUGAUAUAUUAGUAAUACGAACAUAAUUAGGUUUGGAUUAGCGCUUCAAAAUCGUUACAUUGUUUUAUUUCUAACCUGGAUAAUCGCCUUUAAAGCCGAUAAUUUUGCUAUGCAAAUAUAUUCCUGUUCAAAACUAGUUGAAUGAGUUUACAAAGUGUCAAAUAUUUACGAUCAAACUUUAUAUUACUUUCUCAAAGUGAGAUCCUAACUUAUUGGAAUAUUUAGUGUAUGCAGAUUGUGGAUUAUAAACUAUUGAACACUAACAUGGCGGUGUUUGCAAUACCCUCCGGUCGGCACGGUUUCGAGUGAUUUGAAUAUGGUGUCAUUAGAUUAAAUAGCUGUGAGGAAUUUGUGCCUUUUAAUCGAACUUCGGCAAGCCUUUCAUCUCGAGUGAGGUUGGAUUAUCGAGUGAUAUUUACGAAAGCUGAUUUAUUGCAAGUGUAUUAUUGCAAACGGAAAAACUGUCGAGUUACAUUUGGUAUAUGACAGGAACCUUGUAUUUAUUUACCUUUAUUGCAAACCAUAACGAUUGCAUGAGUGUGGCUUUUAUUAUUGAUAGUUGAAGAUUUUGUUUAUUACAUGAUUUUUAUUGAAAACAAGUGGCCGCAUUUUGUGACUUUGCUAAGGGUUAUUUGAAGUGGUCGGAGAUUUGUGAACAGAUUUAGUCCAGAUUGCAGAAGUGACCGCAUUCCAAAGGAAACAAGAUAUCAAUUUCACCAGACUGUUAUUGGCAGUGCUUUUUUAUCAAGUAUUUUAUUUUAUCGUAACUAAAGUAAGGGUGUUCUUUGGAUGCAGAUACUCUUUUAAGUACAAGUUUUUGAACUAUUUUAGGAACGGAAUUAAUUUUUUUAAGUGUUUCCACCGAAAUCAUUAAAACAGACGAUACAAUGCCGUCGAAGGGUUUAAAUUCGCAGGAAAGUAGCAGUCGGAGAUCCAGUGUAAAAUCGAAAGGCCCGAUCCCUGCUGUUUCAAACGCCGGAACUUACAAACGUAAGACAAACCAACGCGGGUUACAGAACACUGAUUCUGGGAAAACGUUGCGGCAGGCGACAUUUGACGAACACGAGCAGACGAAAGCAACGAUUGAGCAGACAACGGAGAAGGUGACGGAGGAAGUUGUGGAAAAUAAGGUUGAAGAUGUUGGUGAGGAAGAUAAUACGGAAGAGUUAGCUGACAAUUCUGCGAGUAGUGGAUUAAAUGGAGCGGAAGCGGAAGUUGAACAGAAGAAACCGGAAACACCCCCGCCUAGUCCAACACCGGAAGGCUUUAGUCUUGAAAAGUUUAACAAAUCUGUUGACGAAUAUGCUGACGUUUUCUCAUUAAAUAAGUACCUUAGCGUAACGGAUGAUUACCCGGUUGAAGCGUUGAAAACGUUAACUAAUGACGUCACAGUUACGGUGGAUGAGUUCCGUCAGAAUACGUUAGACACAGAACGUCACCUGGAGGCGUUAAGGGAACGUAUGCAUUACGUUAAACAAUGCAUACAAGAACACGUCCAGAAAAAGACGAACGCUAUAAGAAUGGACGAUGAGUCGAGUACCAUCGAAGAUAAGGAGAUUAAGGAGAAGUUCGCUCGUAUGAACCUACAAGUUGCCCGAGCGAACGCGGAACUUGCCGAUGCUUUACGACUGAUAACGGAGACGGAACACGUGGUCACGGAAACUCAUCUUUCCGUAGAGAAAGCGAAGGAAGAGGCGAGGAAUAUUCAAGAGGAACUUGAAUUUAAGGCUAAAGUGGAGGCGCGCAGGAGGGAACAAGAACGGAAACGUCAAGAAGAAGAACGCCGUAAGAUGGAGGAGGCGAAACUUCAAGAGGAAUUGGAGAGGCUGGAGAAGGAGGAGGAGUGGAAGAGAAGAGAACAUGGUGAUAAUAUGCCGCCGGCCUGGAACACGUGGCCGGAAUAUGAAUAUCAAGUUGACGGGGAGCUAGGCUGUAUUGUGCGAAGCAGUCCCGGUGAAUUGAGUCAAAACGACAUCAGAGUUACCUCCCUUGACCAAAUCGAUCAUCCGGUGCCCUUUAGCGAGCAGGAGGAGCUCGUCAGCGCCAUCUUGGAUAUCCAGGGGAGGGGUGAGGAGGCCAGACUUCCGGAUAAACUUAUCGUCUGCGUACCGUACCACGCGGGAAAACAGACGCCACAUGGGCACUCGUCACGUGAGCCGGUUGUCAAGGUGGAGAAUGAUGGGCACUGGGUUUGCUUAGAAACGAGAGAGGAAACGUUUGAAAACCACAAGGACCAGAAAUUUGCUGUCGCCGAGGUCAAGGGACCAUGCAGGGUUGCGGUGUUUUCUCGUCUAAAACGAGACUAUUCUACCAUAUCAAAACGAGGCGGUAAAAUGAUGUCAUCAUACGAUCAGCGAAUCAGCUUGACGAUACCAAAGGAUUGUCUCGAUGGGAAAGACCAUAUUAUGAUGGAGGUCCAGCCCGUUGAUUCGUCAUCCGUGAACGACCUGAAAACGAAAAGCCCAAACUGUAAAGGACUUCUGUCUUCCAGCCCAAUCAUUCAUAUGGACAUGGAAUCCACCACCUUCGAAAAACCCGUCACGGUAACCGUGCCAUGUCCCCCAAACCCAACAAAGGCAAAGAAGAUCGCUGCCAUGCGGAAAGCAAAGGAAGAAAAAAUGAAAAAUCCUCCAAAGAUCCAAAUUCUGCUUCCCCACGAAAUAGAAGCCAUCGAAAAAGAGAAGCAAAAAUCUAAGCUUCAGAAAAUGCAAGAACAACUUAAGGCAGAGGAAAAUGAAAAGGAAGAACCUAAGCCUACCAAGUGGUACAUGGGGGAUUAUGCUGUGAACGAAGAUGACGAGAACGACAACCUGUUCCUGAUCAGUAGUCAUGGCAACAAGUGGGCACCUGUUGAAAACGUAAACAUCAUGCAGGUGAAGUUGGAUCUGCUACAGUUUGACCUGGACAGACCCUUAGACAAGUUCAUGGUUCUACGUACAAAGACCAAUGUCCUGGAAGAUACUGUAGGCAACAUGGCGAACGAGGUCUCAAACUUCCUCUCCCAGAAGUUGGUGCAGGUCAUCCUUAAACAGAGGAGCGACGACCCGUUUGACACGGUGAUGUCGGUAGUGCCAUCUACUAAGACUGAGAAAACCCUGAAGAAGCUUUCGGAGGAGGGGUAUGAUGAUGGACCAGAGCCUUCACAGGUUCUCAGCAUCAACGAGGGUGACGUCAUCGAAGUUGGUUUCCGUGGCAAUAUAAAGAGCAAAGGCGAGGAGGGGAUACAGUUUGUGUACAACUCCAAUCUGGAGAGCGAGACUGAAUUCCAUGCCUGUGAGGUGGACAAAUACCUACAGAGAAACUUCCCAGUAUAUAGAGGCGUCGUUGAGGUGUACCGGAACUACAAGGUGAAGAACCAGACGAAACGGAAACGACACGACUCCACGGACGACCAAGACGAGUCCCCGUAUGAACACAAGCGAGAGCUAAUGUGUGAAUUGGCUAUUAACAUUCCGAAGUACCACGUUGAGCAAAACUCAACGGUUCACCGCGCACCAGUCACCAUCCGGAACACGACAGAUCCGGUGAAUGACGAUCUUGUCCGAUUUCUGGCUGAGGAACUCGGAGAUGAGUGGAAGACGGUCGGCAACUACCUGAGCGUGAGUAAGCCCCGGAUUCAGGCGAUCCUACGUAACCUGGCGUAUGGUGAUUGUUCAGAAGUGGACGCGAAGUAUGACAUGCUUAUGACAUGGUUAAAAAAGACGCCAAAGGCCGUAGACAAGGUUUCUUGCCUCAGUAACGCGCUAUUAAAAAGUGGGCGAGGAGACCUAGCUGAGGAAAUCAAGUCACGUGACCGGGAGUUCAAAGAACAUCUGCGCGCGCAUUAGUUGCUGACGACGUCACGGAAAUGAGUUGCCAUGUUACAAUACGUUCUGUACACAUUGUUGCUACGUCAGCGUUAUUGUAGUUGAAUGUAAAAUGUGUACAAGUUUAUUUCUGUCGAGUUUGCGUUGAAACUCAAUAGAUUAAAACGCUUCCGCCGUUAAAAGAGAGGAGUUAUAUAUAAUAGGCCAUAGACAUAUCCAGUAUAUAUUCAGUGAUACGUUUAACCUUCGUUUUGUGUUCUUUUUUAAAGGCCUUAUAAAGAAAUUUACGUUCACAUUUUCAACAUUUACAUGACUGGCAUCAUAUACGACUUGACGUCAUGCAGGAAAUGACGUCACAAUAUGAAUGAAUAUCGAUACAUCUUAAUUCUGAUUAAAGUUUUUUUUAUCUUAAUGUAGGCACUGACCAAUGCUAUUUAAAUGUAUAAAAAAAGAUUAUUAUAUAGAACCAGGCAAAAUAUUGUAUUGUUUUACUAUUAUUACAACAUUGAUAGUUUAUUUGAAAUGUUGACAAUGCUGUCCAUGUUUAUUGUGGUUUAUGCCAGUAGAGGUAUCUAUUUAUUAUUUAGACUGUUUGCAUUGUAUUAACUGUCAUACUGUGAUAACAUAUAUCAUGUUUAAAACUCCGUCCAUGUAUUAAAAAUGUGUGUUUUAUAUUGGUAUAUUAUUCCUAAUUUGACUCGUUCAUGUUUCGGACCAAAAGUUAGUUUUCCCGGUAAUACAUUUAAAAACACUUAUUUUAUCAUUAUUUUACUAUAUAAUAUCGAAAUUGCAGAAAUAAUUCAGUUUUAGCAUAAAAAUAGUAUUUUGGUUUUAGUGGGGUUCGAACUCACGCCUGUAAAGUCAAUAAAAAAUUAUUUUGUUUUAGAAAACUGCCGGCUAGUCCACACGGCCAACGGGACUUUAAUAAAAGUUGUGGUUAUGUGGACCUGUUAAGGAUACAUUCAUAAUACCACGUGAUAAUGUCAAUCAACCAAUCACGCAAUCCGUUAUAAACGCUAAUGAAAGUUGUGGUCUUCAAAGACGAUUUUCGAGCAAAUAUCAGCAUUUGCGGAAGGCUACUAGCUUUUUGUAUUUUUGUAAAAACACUCCUUAUGAUUAACCACACUUUCUUACGUAAUUACAAAAGUACAGAACAUGAGCGAGUUACUGUAAAUUCCGCCCAUGUAUUUUAAUUGUGUUUUGUUUUUUAUUGAUAUAUACUUAAAUUUCCGUCCAUAUUUUAACUCUUUUCUUACACUGAUGUGCUUAAAUUUCUGUCCAUGUAUUGAAUCAGUGUGUUUUCUUCUGUCUGUAUCAAUUAUAAUUGCUGUCUAACUAUUGAAAUAUAUUUUUUCCUGUUGAUAUGUACAUUCUUGUAUCAUGUGUUAUAACAUAUUAUGUAUACAGAUACAAAUAUUUUUAAAAUGCAAAACAACCUGAAUUAUAUGCUUGUGUAAAUGUAUUCAGUCGGCUGUAUAUGUAUUUACUAAUAUGAUUUAAUUAAACAAUUUUCGGUGAAUACAUAA